UCAAUUCAUAUUAUUUCCCUCUCUCCUGCCCUCUCUGACAGACAUUUAAUUGAACGCUUCCCGUUCCCCCCUUCCCCCGCCCUCCACCACCGCCGGCACCACCGAUGGACGUCCGCCGGCGACCUUCCAAGCCCGCAGCCAUGACCCGCCCCAAGCAGGCGGACGCUCCGCCUCCCAAGGCCUCGGACGCCUUCCCCCUUCCCCUGUACAUCACCAACGUGGUGUUCUUCACGCUCUUCUUCUCCGUCGUGUACUACCUCCUCGCGCGGUGGCGGGAGAAGAUUCGGACGUCCACUCCCCUCCACCUCGUCUCAUCCGCCGAGAUGGCCGCGAUCAUCGCCUUCGUGGCCUCCUUUAUCUACCUGGUCGGCUUCUUCGGCAUCGACUUUGUGCAGUCCCUGAUCCUCCGGCCGACCGUUGACUCGUGGAGCGAUGAGGAGGAGGAGGAGGUGGAGUCCGUAAUCCUCAAGGAGGACUCCCGCAAGCUGCCUUGCGGACAGGCCGUCGAUUGCCCUCCGGUGCCACAACAAAUGACCCCCGUUUUCCCAUUGGGGAAGCCCAAGCUUGUGGAGGAACCGGUGGAGCCGAUCGCGCUUGGUGAAGAAGACGAGCAAAUCAUCAGCUCCGUGGUGGCGGGGACCAUACCGUCAUACUCCCUCGAAUCUAAGCUCGGGGAUUGCAGGCGGGCAGCCGCAAUCCGUCGUGAGGCGCUCCAGAAGAUCACCGGCAAGUCCCUCAAGGGGCUCCCUCUGGAGGGCUUUGACUACGAUUCGAUCCUUGGACAGUGCUGUGAGAUGCCUGUGGGAUAUGUCCAGAUCCCUGUGGGAAUUGCAGGCCCGUUGCUGCUCGAUGGGAGGGAGUUCUCGGUACCGAUGGCGACCACCGAAGGCUGCCUGGUGGCGAGCACAAACAGGGGAUGUAAGGCCAUUCUUAUGUCUGGUGGGGCCAACAGUGUCCUGCUCAGGGAUGGGAUGACGAGGGCCCCAGUUGUGAGGUUGGGGUCUGCAAAAAGGGCGGCUGAGCUGAAGAUGUUCUUGGAAAGCCCUGAGAAUUUCGAGGAUUUGGCUGCUGUUUUCAAUAGGUCGAGCAGAUUCGCAAGGCUGCAGAGCAUCAAGUGCGCUAUUGCGGGGAAGAACCUCUACAUGAGGUUCUCGUGCAGCACGGGCGAUGCCAUGGGUAUGAACAUGGUGUCCAAGGGAGUCCAGAACGUCCUUGACUUCCUCCAGUCUGAUUUCCCGGACAUGGACAUCAUUGGGAUCUCUGGGAACUUCUGCUCUGACAAGAAGCCGGCGGCGGUGAACUGGAUUGAGGGGCGGGGCAAGUCCGUGGUCUGCGAGGCCGUGAUCAAGGGCGAUGUGGUGAGGAAGGUCCUUAAGACCAGCGUCGAUGCCCUUGUAGAGCUGAACAUGCUCAAGAACCUUACUGGAUCGGCCAUCGCUGGGGCUCUUGGAGGGUUCAAUGCCCAUGCAAGUAAUAUCGUCUCGGCAGUCUAUAUUGCCACAGGACAGGACCCGGCCCAGAAUGUGGAGAGCUCGCACUGUAUUACGAUGAUGGAGGCCGUUAACGAGGGGCAGGAUCUUCAUGUCUCCGUCACCAUGCCUUCCAUUGAGGUUGGUACUAUCGGAGGUGGAACUCAGCUGGCCUCUCAGUCGGCGUGCUUGAACCUGCUUGGUGUAAAGGGCGCUAACAAGGACUCACCAGGAUCAAACGCGGCUCUGCUCGCCAAGGUUGUGGCUGGUUCAGUUCUUUCUGGAGAGCUCUCUCUCAUGUCCGCUCUUGCAGCAGGUCAGCUCGUGAGGAGCCACAUGAAGUACAACAGAUCAAGCAAGGAUGUCUCCAAGGCUUCCUCUUGAUUGGUUAUUAGAACCGGACAUAACCAGGCCUCGAGUGGCUGAGUGCAUUUAGAAAGCAAAUGGGACAAUGGUGGCUCGGAAAGGCAGGAAGGGGAAGGGAAGGAAAGGGAAGGGGAGUCGGCAGUGUCGAUGAAAUUAAAUGAGGAUAAAGGGAAGAAACGGAACAUGAUAACGCAUUGUAAUUCAUUUCUUUGUUUCAUUUUUUCCCUUAAUUCAAAGCCAUGUAAGGAACUUCAGAUGUAUACAGAUAGUGUAAAUGGACAGUGAGUUUUCAAUACAGAUUCACUCUCGUCUC